AGUUACCGGGACGCGGCUGGUCACUGCGCAGAGGACUUGAGGAGGCUCAAAAGCACUGUAGUUUUGACCCCAGCUCACUGACACUGGCCUGUUUGAUUUAAGAUAAGGUUAAGUUUGCCGUGGUGCUCAGGCCCAUGCAGAGCCCUUUCCUCAUUUCCCCAGCCAGCAUUAAGCACGUUUUAAGGUUUCCUCUACAUGACAAAGAAAGACUUGAAAAGUGGUUAAAGAAUAUGAAACGAGAUUCUUGGGUUCCCAGUAAAUACCAGUUCCUGUGUAGUGACCAUUUUACUCCUGACUCUCUUGACAUCAGAUGGGGUAUCCGUUACUUAAAGCAAACUGCAAUUCCAACAAUAUUUUCUGAGCCUGAAGACUCUCAGGGAAAAGACACAUCUAAAAAAAAAUCUCAGAAGAAAAAAUUGGCAGUUGAUAAAGAAGUAUGCCUAAAAACUAACUCUGAAGAAUCAUUUGCAUCAAAUGAAACAAAGAAAAAUACAGGUAGCUUAGAUGUGCUCCAGGAGCAUGGAGAAUUGCUUGAUUCAUCUGCCCUGGAGAAGCCAUCAGCUCCUAAAGCAGAAAGUAUACAAAAUAACAUAUUAACUCUGAAACAAGAUACCUUGGAAACAUCAAUAAAUCAAGAUUUAAGUGUAAUUGGGUUUUGUACAUCUUCUGAGAAUCUAAAUUCUACAGCUAUUACUUUGACAACUUCAAAUUCAGAAGAUAUCAUUACCAAUCAUCUUCCUAAUCCAAAUUUCAUAAAUAAGUCCAUGGAAACCAGAUCAAGACAGGGAAAUCAAUUUUUCUUCAGCACAGUUGAAGAAGUAAACACAAAUAUAGAAUCUGUUAUUGCUAUUUUUAUACCCACAGAAAUUUCUAAACCUGCAGUUAAUUCUUUCAUAUCAACCUCAAGGGAAACUAGAGAAAUGGAAUUCACAGACAUCAUCGAGGACUCAUUAUAUAAGGAAGUAGAUCACAGUGCAGAAGUUUUACAAAUUGAACAUUCUUAUUGCAGACAAGAUGUGAAUAAGGAACAUCUUUGGUAAAAAGUCUCUAACCUACAUUCAGAGAUAACUUUUUGAACUACAAGAACAAACUCUAAGAAGAUUGAAGUCUUUGGAAGCUCUGAUAAGCCAGCUAAAGCAGGAAAACUGGCUAUCUGAAGAAAAUCUUAAGAUUAUAGAAAACCAUUUCACAACAUACCAAGUCACUAUGAUAUGAAGAAGUUUUUAAGACUGAUUUUUUUUUUUUUUUUUUUUUUGGUCUUUUUGAGACAGGGUCUCCCUGUAGCCCCAGCUGUCCUGGAACUUACUUUGUAGACCAGACUGGCCUUGAACUCACAGAGAUCCGCCUACCUCUGGCUCCCAGUGCUGGGAUUAAAGGUGUGCGCUACCACGCCUGGCUAAGACUGAUUUUUUUAUAAGCUUUUUCCAGCUAAACCAAAUCACAUAUUAAAUGGACUUUUUCCUGUAGAUAAAGUUCUUAAUGAACCUAUAGAACACUCUAAUGUUGUGAACAGCAUCCUAUUCUAAGCUUAUUAUACUAGAAGACUUGCUGGGCUGCAAAAACAGUUUUAUUACUUGAUAAUUUUCCUAUUAUCGUUAAAACAGUAAGGUUUAGUUAUUAAAUGAUGGAACAAAUAGUCUAAACUGCCCAGACUAGAUCAGUCCUGGUUCUACCACUGACAUAUAACCUGAACAGUCUACUUAUCUUGAACCCCAGAGAGCUGAGGAUGUAGUUCAGUGAUAAGCACUUGCCUAGUUUGUGCAAGGCCUUGGAUUCAAUCCCCAGUACUGGGGGCAGGAGGAGAGCCUCAAUCUUUAAUCUGUAAAAUAAGGGCACUUACAGCCAGUUAUGGUGGUGCACACCUUUAAUCCCAGCACUUGGGAGGCAGAGACAGGUGGAUCUUUGAGAGUUUGAGGCCAGCCUGGUCUACAUAGCACGCUCCAGGCUAUCUGGGGCUACAGGGAGACCCUGUCUCAAAAAGACAAAAAAAUAAAAAUAAGAGCACUUACUAUAAUUAAUAAUCUGUUUCUUUGUAAUUUCUUCCCUUUCUAUUAAGAUACUUAGAACAUAUUUUCUAUAAGAUGAUAUAUACCUACAUAAUAGAAAAAGUUGACUAGAAUUUAAUAUUAGAUUACCUUCAAUACCUUUCUUGUGUUGUUUAACCACUUGGCUAUAGUUAUAUAUCUAUAAUAUAAAGGAAAAUGCCACUAGAAUUUAUUCAGUGGCAUUAAUAUAAAUAUUCUAAUUUAUUCCAUUAGAAUUUUAUUUCAGUAGAACUCAGCUGUUAAGAGAGAUUCUUUAAAUUUGAAAGAACAUGUAUUUCUGUAGUUUAUAUAUAUAUAGCUGGCCAUAAUAAUGCAAUUAUUAAGUUUCUUAGCAUGCUAUAUUUAUAAAAUUCUAUUUAUAAACCAAAAACUUGACCCUAAUGAGAUUAAUCUUAAAUAUAAUAUUUUAGAAAUUAUAGUUUGUAUCUAUUUCUUAAUAUGUAUGAGUUUUUUUUAAUGUGUGCCUGUCACUUUUAUAUCCAAAAGAAUAGUGUAUAAUACUAAAAAUUAUACAUUCCUUCCUAUGUAUAUUUUAGUGAAGUUUAUAGGGAAGAAAUUAUAGAUAAGUAAUGAUGACUUCAGCCAAAGAGAAUUGGUUGUGAUAUAAAUUAAACUGUCAUUUGUAUCCAUAUUGAAUUUCAGAGAAACAAAUGUUAAGCAAAAACUGUGGUAAAGCAGGAAUGUGAACAGAUGACAGGGUCCCUGAAAAUGGCGGUCAGUACAGCUGAAUAUGUUACUGCCUGUGGUAUUGAGCAACUUCCUGUCAUGUUCUUAGCUUCCUUCUUUGUUAAAUGAAAAACAGUAUUAUUUCAAAGGAUGGUUUACAAAUUCUAUAAUGUAACAAACGUGUGGGGACCCAGUAAAUAGGAGGUGCUCAAUACAUAUUAGUUCCUUCUGAAUCACAAACAAUUGUUUUGUAAAUGGAUGGUGAUUAUCUUUAAUAAUAUUUUACUUUGUUUCUUCAAGAUAAUUAAUUUGUAUUUUUGGGCUAAUGUACAAAUGCUAGAGUGUUUGGGAAAACACUUGAAGUUAAGUAUCCCCAUGUUACAUUUUGCUAAUACAUAAUUUAAAAUUAGUACUGCAAAUGAAAAUAACCUUAUUUGGAAGUGAAAAGUCAUACUAAAUUCCUAUUCAUUUGAACUUACAAAAUUUUCAGGAAUAACAUAUUAUCUAACUGUGUUUCUUUAAGAUUAAUAGACUAAAAUAACUAAGAUAUUUUCUUGGUUUUGUUCUAAUCAACUGAGGAUGUACUUAACUUAACCUAAUUAAUCUCUAAGUUAUAUUUGCAGAUUCUGGCCUGCUUCUUUUCUUCCUUGGACUACUAUAGGAACCUCUUAAUUAAUCUUGCCCAUAUUCUUAACCACCCUACAGUUAUAAACCAUAGACUAAAUAACUCUCAUUCACCCACCACUUAGUUUUCUAGCUUAAAAAUCUCAAAUUACUUUAUAUUGCUUACAAAAUGAAGCCAAAUGUGUUUUGUCUGUGAUCUGUGAUUACAUUCAACCUGUAUUCUACCCACUCUAGAUUUCUUGGCACUUCCUAAACAUACUAGACAGAUGUCCAUCUCUGUGUCUACUUUUUUUAUUCCCUAACCUCAGUGAGUCUGUUCAAAAAAUACUUGGUUUAAACCGGGCGUGGUGGUGCACGCUUUUACACUCGGGAGGCAAAGGCAGGUAGAUUUCUGUGAGUUCAAGGCCAGCCUGGUCUACAUAGUGAGUUCCAGGACAGCUGGGGCUACAGGGAGACCCUGUCUCAAAAAGACAAAAAACAAAACAAAACAAACAAACAAAAAAAACUUAGUUUGUUGAGAUUUUAUCACUGUUUUUCAGUCAGAAUUGUCUCUUGUCUACUUGUACAGGUCUUUUGGUUUUGGGGCCCCAGAUGUUUGUUUUUUUUGUUGAGACAGAGUCUUAUUAUGUAGCCCAGAAUAGCCUCAAACUUGGCAGUCCUUCUGCCUCAACCUCCUCAGUGCUGGCAUUAGAGAUAGGCAUGUACCACAUCCUAGCCUAGGCUUUGUUUUGUAACAGUCUCAACAGAAAUUUAUCUUGUGUUCUUUUUACAUCAUCAUUUCUUGUCGUAGCUCCCUCUUUCACUAGACUGUAGGCUUUUUGAGAAUUUUUUUGUUUUGUUUUGUUGUUGUUUUCUCCUGUAUGUUCUUCUGUAAUGUGAUUUUGCUGUACCUCUAUCAAGAGAUGGAGUUAUUUCUUCUUGAAUCUCGGUAGGUUCUGUGACUGAUCUGACCUGUAGAAUAUUGACACUGACAGUUUAAAAUUUGGCCUUUCAUUGGCCUGGUAUCUUACAUAGGUUUUAGAACACUUCUUCUGAGAUGGCCAGGUGCUGUGGAAAGUGAUCCCCAUGAGAUCAUGCUGGAAAACCCCAUGUCACACAAGCUCUGAAGACUGAGACAACUCAUCCAUAAGUAUCAGCUGCUCUGAAUGACAUCAGUGCAGCAGAGACAAAUCAUCUACCUGCGUACUCUCACAUUCCUUUACAAAACUGAGCACAGCUUGUUUUAAACUGAUAAUUUUGAAAUGAAGAUAACCAAACUAUUCCUUGUCUGUCACCUCCUUCCUGACUGUGCUACUGUUGACCGUUUCUCCUGUAAAAUAACAUUGCUCUUCUUUUGUUCUUAUUUCCCUAAACUCCAUUCCUACUUGAACUCAAAUAUCAUUUUUGCUUUUCUAUUCUUAACAUCCAAACAACUAACUGCAGGAAAUGAUAGAAGUGAGCAGACGAUUCUAAACCCCUCAGAUGGCAGUGUUAACUUUCUCUCCAUUAAAUUCAUAACUCUACUCCAAUUCCUCAUACUCUUCUUUCUGCCCCCAUCUGCUAUCCCAAAAUCUUAUCACAUGCUUCAUAGAGAAAACCAUAAACAUGGACCGAAUUGUGGCCUCUCCAAAUUCCUGUUUUGAAGCACUAAUCUCCAGCUUGCCUGUAUUUGAAGAUGGGGCCUUUAAAGAAGUAAAGUCAAAUGAGGAUGUGGGUGGGGUCCUGAUACAUAGGAUUAGUGUAUUCAUGAGCAGGACCAGAUAGAUGCUCUCUCUCCCAUGUUGGGGACACAGCAAAAAAGCAUUCUUAUGGAAGCCGUGGAGACCUCCUGAGAACCCCAUCAUGUGAGCUUGUACUUCUAGCCUCCAAAUAAUGAGAAAGUAAUUUCUGUUGAAGCCACUCAGUCUGGUAUUUUGUUGUGGCAGCCCAAGCUUAAGAUUUCCAUUAUUCUAACUAAUACACAAUAGUCUAAGCUAAUUCAGCUAUAUAAUUCAAAACAGCUUUUACACAGUAUUUAAAAUCUAGUGGCAUUAACAUGAAUACCUAAACAGCAUUUCAAAGAUCAAAAAUUCUUCCCUUGUAAAAAGUUUAACAAGGUACUGCUUAAUUUUAAAAUGCACAAUAAUCUGUUGCAGAUACUACUAUGUCCAUAAAAUGUGAUGUAUGUCUCAUAUAUAGUUAAAAACAUACUGAUUUAGGAUAACCCAUUACCUAUGAGGAGGCAAGAAGAGAGGUUAUAGUUGAGUUUAUGUUUAUCUUUUAAAUAAUUACAUUAAUAUAUUUAAUAGAUAUCUGUCUUACUGCUCUGUUUAAAUCUUCAGAUUUAAAUCUUACAUAUUUUAAUUAAAAUGAAAAAGGGUAUGUGAGCUUUUUAAUUAACUAUGAUGGUCAUCUAUGCUUAAACUUCAUCCUAAUAGCUUUGUAAUAACUAUUCUCUUAUUUAAGGAGAAGGGGGUGGAGAAUAUUACACUCAAGUGAAGUAAAGUAUUGUGGUAUUCAGAGUAAUGAUCUCCUCCCACCAAGAAGUCCACAGCCUGAUCUCCAGGAUCAAUGAAUGUCAUAUGGCUGAAGGUAUUCUCCAGAUGCAGUUAAGGCCACAGACCUUUAGGUGGGAAUUAUUAUUCCAGAUUAUCUGGGUGGACCCAAUCUGAUAUUUGAAUUGCUAUAAGUGGCAUGAUGACUAAUAUGGUCAGCUUCAGAGGUGCUAGAAUGACCUUAGAGAUAAGCCUUGGGGCAUAUCUAUGAGGGAGUUUCUAGAUUAGGUUAAUUGAGGUGGGAAGUUGCCCCCUAGGUGUGGGGGUGGCACCAUUUCACAAGCAAGGUCCAAACUGAAUUAAAAGUGAGGGGGCUGAAGAGAUGGCUCAGGAGUUAACACUGGCUGCUCUUGCAGAGGACAUAGGUUCAUGAUCCCAGCACCCAUAUGGCAGCUAACAACCAUCUCUAACUC